GCAGUAUACAACUGCAAGUCGACAAGUGCGGUUCACAUUUGUUGUGUGUUUGUUGUUACAAUAAUAUUUUUAUGGUUCUCCGUAAUCAGUUUGUCAAAAUCAGUUAAUUUUUUUUUUUUUCCAUCGAUUUUUAUAUUUAUUUAUUUUGUGCGAAUAAAGGAAAAAUUUCAUUUUUAUAUUUUUUUGUAUAUUAAAUUUAAAAGAAAAUAUAUCAACGGAUUUUUUCAAGUUUUAAAUAUCAGCUUUGAAAAAGAUGUUUUAUCAAAUAUUUAUAGUGAAUCUUUUACUACUGAGUGUGUGUAUCAGUGUAAUUGCUUGUGAGGGUUGUUCAAAAAGUGAUCAUCAAAAAUGCAUAGCACUUGCUGAUCCUCUCUUGAAAGAUCCUCAUCUUAUUUUUCCAGAUAAUAUGAGAGACAUUGAUAUGGUUUGCAGAACAUGGUCAAGUUUUGUCGACUGUAUUAAAAAAUAUAUUGAUCGUUGUUUUACAAAACAAAGAAGAGAACAAUUUAAUGCUGCUGUUGAAGAACCAAUAGCUUCUGUUCAUCAAAUGUGUUCAGUAUCAACUUAUCAGUCUGAAUAUUUACAAUAUGCAAGUUGUUUAAAAGCAACAGUAACAGAAGCACAACACUGUGGUACUCAAUAUGAUGCACUUGUUGAUGAAGUAUCACAGGGUGAUAUGGCUCGUACAAGUCUCUGCUGUACUCAUUAUCAUUUUAGAGCUUGUGUUAUUAGUGAAACACGAAAGAGAUGCGAUGGUGGACAAUCAAAUGGUGCUGCAUCACGUUUUUCACGUCAAAUAUUAGACAGAGCAUUGAGUUUUCUACAAGAUCAGUGUCAAAAUUACAUUCCAAACAGUGCUGAUUGUCCCAAUGAUGUGACAGAAAAUUUAUCAAUAACAUCAGUGGCUCCUCUGGAUGAUGAUGAUCCUGGUAAUCGUGGUGUUAAUCGUCGACCAUAUCAGCGUACAUUUACAACAGAAUCAUCUGGACAAAAUCAAGCCAGUAGUUAUCAUGGCGUUGGUACAAUAUCAACUGGACCAUCACCAUCAUCUUCAUCAUCAUUUAGAAACAAUGGACGAUCAAUAAACGUUCUUCCAAAGGAUGAACAUGAUAAUAUUGAUACACAAACAAUUACAAAUAUUGAUCAAUUAAUUACAACAACAAUUAUCAAUGACAGUAAUGAUAUUGAUAAUAAUAAAAAAGUUGAUAAUAUAAUUGGUAAUGUUAUUGAGGAAAAGCUUGAAGUUACAACAGUUGGUAAAAGUAUUGAAGAACCUGUUGUUGUGUCACAUCGAUCACCUUCAUUUGGCAGAGGAAUGAUUUGGUCAACAGCUGCUCCAAAAUCAACAAAAGAAAUUCCAGCCUGGGCAACUGCUGGAACUCCAGUUCAAGAUACAGUAACAGAUUCUUGGUUUCCAGCAGCUGGAAGUUUUGGUGGAAAUAAUAUUGAUGAACCUAAUCAACAAGGUCUAAAAAAUAGCCAAAUGAGUUUAAAAAUUAAUUUAAUUAUUGUCGUGUUAAUUGCAAUAGUGGUAUACUUAGUAUAAAUUAAAAAUUUAAUUUUGAAUAAAUGUCGAAAGAUUAAUACAAUGAAUUAUAUUUAACAUCACUAUUUAAAAAUUAUUUAUUGUUAAAGAAUUUUCAUUGUUUACGUCAUUCUUGUCAUUUAAAUAAUUUAUUCAUUUAUCUCGUUUGUUUUUUUUUUUACGAUCAUUAUUUAACGAUUGUGAUACCAAAGAAUUUUAUUCAAGCUUCAACUUGGAUUUUCAAUAUAUACUUGUAUUUGUUUCUCUCCAGUAUUUUUAAGUAUUUUUAAUUAUAUUUAAAUAACAAAAAUGCAAUUUAUCAAAGUAAACACGUAGAUUGUAGAUAAUUAAAUUGUAAAAAAUCAAAAUUAAAUAAAAAUAUAAAUAAAAA